AAUAGUAAUUAAAAUUGGUAAGUAGUAUGCCAAUUUAAAUUUUAGAUUUUUUUUUGGGGUAGGUGUAGAAAAAGUGAACACGUAUCUCAGAUUCUCUGAGCCUUUUAAAAAUAUAUUAAAUUAUUUUUUUUUAAUUAUUUUUAGUUAAAGUUUAAGUAUAUAACUUAAUUAUUAGGUACUUACAUUAGGACACUUAAAUGUAACCUGAUUAAGUACUAAAACACCACCUGUCACAUCACCAUCAACACUUGCACUCAGAAGAAUUUUUACAUAUUAAUAAAAGUCACAAUACAUAAUAUAAGGAAGAAUGUCACAGUUAUCAGAAAUACUGUCCAUACAGAGAAGUCUUGAGGAGAGUUUCAAUCAGAAGAUGGACCAACUCGGAGCACAAAUUCAGGCUGCAGGACCUGCCAAGGAAACUGUAGCUAAAAUUGCUGAAGAGUUCCGGACCUUCAGGGAGCUUAUCUUCAACAUGUUGGGUUUGCUCAGAAAGCAGAUCGCCGAGUGUGUGCUGCAUAUUGAUGGGUUGGAGAUGAGGCACCGGCGAAAGGCAUUGAUUUUCCAAGGGCUUCCUGAAGAAGAGAAAGAGGACUGCUCUUCCAUGGUCCUUGGUGUCCUCAGCAGCAAAUUGGGUCUGAAGGACAUAACAGCGGCCAGUAUAAAAGUUGCCCACCGUCUUGGCAGUCCUAGUAAGGAUCAUGCACGGCCCAUUCUGGUGAGGUUUUCUUCUUCAGAUGUCAAGUCGACUGUUUGGAAGACUAAGACCAGGUUGAGAGGCACCAAAAUCUCAGUCAAGGAGUUCCUGACGAAAACCAGGCAGUCCAUCUUCGCGAAGGCACGACUGCACUUCGGUAUGCGUGCGUGUUGGACGCAGGAUGGCGUGAUCGUCAUUAAGGCAUCGGAUGGCAGUCGCCACAGGAUUGUGUCGAUGGACGAGCUAAAGCCUCUCCUGGAGAAGUACCCUUCGAAAUCGAAUGCUGCAUAACGUCUUGAGAUACCCUGGAAAUAAAUCUAUUAUUGGUAUGUGACUGACAUUUUUAGUAUUAGAAACAAACCAUAAUUAUAUUUAUAACUGUACUUACUCAAUGUUUAUAUCUAUUGUCUUUAUAUUUUUUUUUCCUCUCCUUGUAAUCUUUAAUUCUUACCAAAUUUUGUUAAAUUUAUAGUACCUUUGUAAUUUGUAUUUCAAUUUGUUAGUUACCCGCUAAAAGGAUAAGAUAAUUUAACGUUUAGAUUUUAGAUUUGUUUACUUUCCACAAUCGCAGGUACUUUUUCUUGAAAUGUCAUUGUCAGCUGUCACACUAAUAUAAUGUCAGUCAUUGCACGGAUCAAAUUCGUUCAGAAAUAGUCUCAUUCUUUUUUUUUUUCUGUUCUUAAAGUUUUCAUUUCUUAUUUAUGUCCGUUGUGUUUUGUUUUGUGUUGUUAAUUCAAAUUUUUUAUUGGUGUUAGCUGGCGGGUGGAGGUUAAUUCUGUUUGUGUUUUAAAAUCAUUAAUUAUUUGUAUAGUAUUAUUUUUUUUAGUUUAUAUAUUUAGGAUUUAUGAAUUCUGAUGACGACUGUUUUCAUUCUGCCAAUGAGUCUUUGGAUGUGAGCAAUAGUGAUGUUAGUUUCUGUUCUCUGACUGAUACACUUGGUGAUAGAUUGAGAAAUCAAUUCAAGCAAACAGAUAAGGUGUUAAAUGUGUGUCAUAUUAACGCUCAAAGUGUUCCUAGUCACUAUAGUGAACUAUAUGAGACUUUUUUCAACAGCAAUGUGCAUGCCGUCCUGGUUUCCGAGAGCUGGCUCAAACCAAAUCUCUUAUCCACCUCGUACCCUCUUCCUGGCUUCGUUCUUAUUCGGAAUGAUCGGCUUGGGAGAAGAGGGGGUGGCGUGGCAAUAUACCUUCGAUCGGACUUUCCUUAUAAGAUCUUGGCUACUUCUUCUAGUCCUCUGCCUAGUGCUGAAUUUCUCUUUUUGGAGGUUUCAGUCAAAGGAGCUAAAGCCGUCGUUGGUGUGGUUUACUGCCCCCCCUCUGUCGACUACUUCACUGAUUUGGAAUCGGUUUUAGAAUCGUUAGAUUCUGAGUAUGCUCAUUACAUCAUCAUGGGUGAUUUUAAUACAAAUCUCCUUGCUCCCAACUCUCCUCGAACCCGUAAACUUUUGCACGUUCUGGAAUCAUCCAGCUUGCAUAUUUUACCUCUUCAGUCUACUCACCGAUCUAAGAUUGGUGAUGAUUCCUGGCUGGACUUAAUUCUGACGUCUAACCUCUCCCUUAUUUCCUGUCACGGUCAAUAUACUGCGCCUGGUUUUUCUCACCACGACCUCAUUUUCCUCUCCUAUAUCCUCAAACCUCCUAAGCCCAAGCCCAAGAUUUUGCAUAGGCGUUGUUUUGCAAGGAUGGAUGCUGAGCGGUUGGUCAAGGAUGCGCUAGACGUUGAUUGGACACCAUUAAUGACUUCUGAUGAUGUAGAUCAUAAAAUUUUGAUUUUUAAUAACAUGGUGAACAUAUUAUAUGAUCGCCAUGCACCAGUUAAAAAAGUCAGAGUGAAACGGCCGCCAGCACCGUGGAUGACUGAACUCAUACGUAUAGCAAUGCGUAGGCGGGACCGUGCAUUCCGUAAAUUUAAAAAAGACCGUACUGAUGAAAACUGGGCUCAGUUUAAAACUGCGAGGAAUCGGUGUAAUACGAUGAUACGUAAUGCUAAACGCCGCCAUAUAUUGAAUAAUAUAUCAUCCUCGUCUUCUGCUGACAUCUGGAAGUUUCUUGGAACUCU